CACAGCAGACAGAGGAGCUGCACUCGCAGCCCGAGCCCAGCGGGUGCGAGUGACACCGGAGGGCAGCCGGCGCGUGCGCGAACCCGUGGACAUGGCUGACUUUGAAACAGAUGAGGCCUCUUCCAAGUCAGAGAGCCCUGAGCAGGAAGGCCAGGGUUCUGAGGACAAAUCGCUGCUCCAUCAGAGGCUGGCCAUUAGAGAGCUCAUCGACACAGAAGUCUCCUACUUGCACACGCUCCGACUCUGUACCUCUGACAUCAGAAGCCGCCUACAGCAGCUGCCGCCAGGAGAUCUGGACAUACUGUUCUCAAACAUCGAUGACAUCAUCCAAGUGAGCAGCAGAUUCCUUCACGGGCUGCAGGAGACAGCCUGCAAGGGAGAGAAACAAGCACACUUGAUUGGUAACUUAUUCCUGGAAUUCCAAGAGGAGCUUGAACAAGUCUAUAAAGUCUACUGUGCCAACUAUGACCAGGCCCUGCUGCUGGUCAAGGCAUACCAGAAGGAGCCGGAACUCCAGAAGGAGAUCCAGGGCAUCAUCGAAGCCGCAGUGCCACAAGCUGGACCUUCGGGUCUCAGUUUCUUACUUGUAAUCCCUCUGCAGAGGAUUACCAAGUACCCCCUCCUGCUGCAGAAAAUCCUGGAGAACACACCUGCGGAUGCCAGUGCCCACCCUGUCCUUCAGAGAGCCACCUCUGCCCUGCAGGAUGUGAACAGCAAUAUCAACGAGUACAAGAUGCGCAAGGAAGUGGCCUUAAAAUAUACCAAAGUGGAGCAGCUGAGCCUUCGGGAGCGGCUGGCCCGCAUCAACACCCAUACUCUUUCCAAGAAGACCACCAGACUGAGUCAGCUGCUGAAGCAGGAGGCGGGGCUCGUACCCAGGACAGAAGACAAGGAAUUUGAUGACUUGGAGGAGAGAUUCCAGUGGGUGUCUCUGUGCGUGACAGAGCUGAAGAGCAAUGUGGCAGCUUACAUGGAUAAUCUGGAGGCUUUCCUCUGCUUCCGGCCACACGAGCGGAACCUGGAUAUCCCUGGGGGAGCUGCGGAACAGUACUGCAGCCUAGCGAGGGACCUUCAGCUCCAGGCCUUCCUGCAGUUUAAGCAGCGGUUAACAGGCCUGGUGUGGCAACCAUUGUGCAGUCUGGCCAGAGCCCUGGUUGGCCCUCAGAACUUGAUCAAGAAACGUCUGGACAAACUCCUGGACUUCGAGAGAGUAGAAGAAAAACUGUUGGAUGUGGGCAGUGUGACCUAUGAGGAGGAGGCGGCCCGGCACACGUACCAGGCACUCAACUCCUUGCUAGUGGCCGAGCUCCCACAGUUUAACCACCUCGUCAUGCAGUGGCUGGGCCAGAUCCUGUGCACAUUUGUGGUCCUCCAGAGAGACCUUGCAGACCAAGUGCUGCGAAGGGCAGAGAGCAGCAUGGCCCUGCUGCCUCAUCGCCACAUCUCCGAGCCAGACUUCCAGAAGCUGCUGGAGGACUCGCUAGGUCAGAGCAGUAGCCAGCUCCGCCUCUUUCGGGAGAGCUUUGAGAAGGUGCUUCCACCCUCCACCUCGCAGCCACUCCUUCCAGGGUCUGAACACCAGAUGCAAGCUCUCCUCACCAGAUAUGGCCCUGGGAAGAUAUACCAGGUGACAAGCAACAUCAAUGGCACUGGGACCCUGGACCUGACACUGCCUCGGGGCCAAAUCGUGGCCCUUCUACAAAACAAGGACACCAAAGGCAACAACAGUCGCUGGCUGGUAGACACAGGGGGACACCGGGGAUACGUGCCAGCUGGAAAACUUCAGCUCUAUCACCCCAUCAAUCCCAGUGAGAAGGAGCCUAGAGGCCAGACAGGGAUGCCUGAAGACUACCGGCUUCCGACCCCAGAGCCCACCCAACCCUCUGUCCCCACUGUCCUGACCGUGAGUCAGGUGGUGGCCGUGUACCCUUUUGUGGCCAGGAGCACCCACGAGUUGAGUCUACAGGCAGGCCAGCCUGUGACCAUCCUGGAAGCCCACGACAAGAAGGGGAACCCAGAAUGGAGCCUGGUGGAAGCAAACGGACAGAGGGGAUAUGUACCUUCCAACUUUCUGGCCAGGGCCCCGAGCCCAACUCCCUGGGGCUGGAAUCUUCCCUCUUAGCAUGACCUCUUGGGAACCCCAUUCCUAAGGAAAGGCAGAGGCUUAAAAGCUGUGUGACCUAGGGGGGGAUGGCGCGAAGCACAGUGGGAAUGGGAGAGGCGUGAAGGGCACCCAGAAGGCAGCAGGAAGUGAUGACUAGGCCUUACAGAAUGCCUGGUGUGGGAGGCCACAGUGGGUGGUUCGGCAGUGCCACUGUGAUCUGCAUAAAGAAGCCAUCUCUAGGCCACAGCUGAUUAGCUAAGGCUUGCCACAGCUCGAAGCUCACCCUACCUCUUCUUACCUCUUUCAUGUCUAGGAUGAAUGUGGCCUGUGUUAGUUGCAGGUGGGGCCUCUCUGAAGACGACCAGGCCUGCUUGGCUCAGUAGUACACUUCCCACAGUGUUGCCAGGAAACACCGUGGCUGUCAGUCAUCUUUUCUUUCUUACUGCCUUGCACUGAGUUAUUGUGAACAGUGAACUGUGGAGAGUCCUGCUCAAGGGGAAGCCACGGGCCCAGGUUCUGAGGAGAUUGUCUACUGGGUCUGGGAAUGGGUGUGGUCUCUGCGUAGGUCUGGAACGUGUGUACAAACCUGUAGGUGGUUCCAGGGAAGAGGGGAAUUUGAGGGUGAAUUAGUGGGUGUGAGAGGCUGAUUGCAAUGGUAACUACUGGUGUUUUCUUCAGAAUAGGAGACAAAGGAACUUGUGACAUAGGUGACUACUGGCCUGGCAAGUUGGGUAAGUGGGGGAUAGCGUGGUUUCCUGGCUCUGGGUAGAAGAACCACGAGAACACAGGGGGCCUAGCUUUGCCUCUGAGGACAUGGAGGCAGAAAGGAGCUGAGGUUGGGUAGAUGUGAGACCUAAGACAUAGGACCCAAUUGCAGUUUUCCACGUAGGGAAAAAAAAAAAACAAAACUAAGUCAUGGGACGCAGUAGGGAUGGCAUGAGGCUGAAGGUGCAAGGGUCCCUUGUCAACCAGGAUGUGUGACACCAACACAAAGACGGUUAGUGGUGUCAGGAUGGCCCAGCCAUUGACUGGCUUGGGUUAGCAGAGUAAAGCAGUCCUGUUGCUACCUGUCACGUUCCAUGUUCAGGCCAACGGUGUCCUUUUCCUUAAACCCAGGCUGUGACUCCAGGCCCAGACAGCAUGGAUUAACAAUAGACACAUUUUAAGCCAUGCCCUGUUAGGGGGUUCUGUUUUGUGUGGACAUCAUGGAGUGUGCAAACUAACAAGGUUAUGACAUCACUAGGCAAUAUAAUCUCAUGGGACUUUGACAUACACAAAGCCAUUGCCUAUAGCUGGCUGUUGCAUGGCACGUGACAUAUGGGUACAAUCUAGGUAGCCAAAGUCCCAAUGCCUGGUACUUGAUGAGCAGUCAUUUCUCAAAUCUGGAAACAGAAACCCCUCAAAGCAGACCUUGUUUCAGGAUGACAGGCCCACAGGGGCAUGCUGGGUGUCGUCACUACUGGGCAAUGUCCCUAGGCUGUUGCUUUAGGUCAAGAGUCAUCGGAAGAUCCCAAGACAGUGAAAAGGGUGAUCCACUCUGACCUCUGUACAACUGACAGAUUUGGAAUCGAGCCUCUUGAGAGACAGAGAGUAAAACAGGUGGCUAUUUCAGUGUUUCCAA